AAUGAACCUAGAUUACACUAAGAUAUAAGACAAUGUCAAUAAAUAUCGAUAUGGAGUUAAGAUUGGUAAUUAUAAUGAGGAAACUUUUGGAAUGGAUGUGAAAUAAGUACAUAUCUAAAUUAAACAUAAUAUUAGAAUACACAUUAAAUACCAAAUAGUACAAUGAAAGAUACUUUUGGUUUAUAAAACACAUUACUUAAUAUGCCUAGAUAAUAAGAAACUGAAGCAGAGAAAGAAUAUUAUAAAUAAACAACUUUCAGUCAUGGUGGGUUACAGAAUCAUUUAUUAAUUGGUCAUGGUUAAUAAUCUUAUGUAAACAAAUGAAUUAAAUAAAUAGUUUGAAACAAGGUAAUUAACAUCAACUUAUGAUUUAUCACAUAAUCAGCAAGUCAAACCUUAAGUAUAAAUAUAUUCAAAAUAUGAACCCAAUAAAACUCAAUUUUAAUCACAAUAAAAAAAAGUAGAAGUGACAGAUAAAGUACAGCAUGUAGUUCCAGAUUUAUAAGAAGCAAAUUAAGAAAGACUAGUAAAAAAGAAAGAGUUUACAAAUACAUUUAACGAUAAUUAUAAAAAAAUUCCUUUAAGAAAAUGA